ACAGCCUUCUACACCUCUCCUCCGGCGGCUAACUUUCGGGUAUAACCUGAAGGAAAAGAGUGCGGCUGUGAGUGGAAAGCCAAAAGCCAAGAAAGAGCUAGCCCUAGGUUCAAAAUACAAACGUGUGAGCCAGCCAUGUCGGAUGUCAAAUCUUUGUUCCGCAAAAAAACCAAGCAAGCGGCCAAGGCUAAAACCGAACCAGUGAAGCCAACAGCCGAGGAAGAGGAGGAUGACGAAUGGGGUGUGGUACCGAAGCCUACGGAGCAAUUGUACCUAGGGAACCGCAAAGCCAGGGAGUUGAUGGCCGUCUUUCAUGACGUUCGGAAGAAGGCUGUUUCGGCGGCCGCAUCCGAGGCCUCCCCAGCAGCUCCUGUCGAACCCUCUCCUCCGCCCGCCCCCGAACCAGCCCCGACCGCCCAACCAGGGUCCUGCCCGGGCGGCUGGGCCUUCGCCCGUCGUGGCGGCCGGAAGGUGGGGCCAGGUGGCAGACACAUCCUCGUCGAGGACGACAGGCCAGAAGAUUGA